AUGGAGAAGGGAUAUUUUCCAUUGUUUAUAAUAAAAAGGAAAGGAAGAGAAAAAUUGGAUCCCUCCAAUCCUUUCCAGCCCGUGAAUUCCUUUGGUAGUGGAUGCGACCCUGCUAAAGUGUCAAAAAUCUCACAACUAUUGAUAGAACUCUUUAUUGAUGGCAACCACCAUAAAAAAUUGGUGGAUGCAUUUGACAUUGGCAGGGGUUAUAAACGAUUUUUCAAAAGAACUCUCCUAGAGACAUCAGACUACCUUAAAGAUGAUUGCCUUUCUAUUCAAUGCACUGUUGGUGUUGUUAGGUCACAUACGGAGGGCCCUAAGAUUUAUUCCAUAUCUUCACCGCCAUCUGAUAUUGGACAGCACUUUGGGCAGCUUUUAGAAACUGGAGAGGGAACUGAUGUACGUUUUGAGGUCGAUGGGGAAAUAUUUGCUGCCCACAAGUUGGUCCUUGCAGCCCGCUCGCCGGUGUUCAGGGCACAGCUAUUUGGUCCACUGAAGGAUCAAAACACACAGUGGAUUAAAGUUGAUGAAAUGGAGGUUUCAGUUUUUAAGGCAUUGCUCCAUUUUAUAUAUUGGGAUGGCCUACCGGACAUGCAAGAGAUUGUGGGUCUGGGUUCAAAAUGGGCUUCUACACUGAUGUCUCAGCAUCUGCUUGCAGCAGCAGACCGAUAUGGGCUUGAGAGGCUCAGAUUGCUUUGUGAGGCUAAACUUUGUGAGGAUGUUGCCAUUAACACUGUAGGCACGACUUUAGCUUUGGCAGAACAGCAUCACUGUUUUCCACUGAAAUCUGUUUGUCUUAAAUUCGUGGCACAGCCUGAAAAUUUGAAAGCUGUGAUGCAAACAGAAGGUUUUCAAUACCUGAAGGAAAGCUGCCCUUCUGUCAUCACUGAAUUGCUGGAAUACGUAGCUUUGAUUGGCAAACAUUCAGUAACUUCUUAUGGAUACGGGAGUGAGAAAGCUGUCGAUGGCAGUGAAGUGAAUGGGAGACGGGUGAAGCAAAGGGUAUACUGAUUUAGGAACCUGAUGUUCACUUCCCUUCUUUGGCCAUGAUUUAAUAUUUUUUAGGAUCAAGACAUUCUACUAUUGUACUCACACUUCAAUUUAUAUGGAAAAUGAGGUUCAUGGUAUAUAUGUAUGUAAGUCUUUCUUAAUAGGUAUACUUAGUGGUUUGUACUGUGUUUUCGCCACAUAAAAACCUUAUCGACUAUGAUAUUUACUGUAAUUUUCUUUGAGAUUUAAAUACCACAUGGGUUUAAUCCUAUGUUUGUACCAA